AUGCCAAGAAAGAAAUCUUCAGACAGCCUGGCUGAUAUUUGUCUCAAAAAUAUCGCCAAAAAUAUGGACAGUUAUUGGCUGUCUGACUUAGACAGUGAUUUUGGUGAAAAUCCUUAUCUUAUGUACAUCGUGGGCCCAUUUGAACAUCUGACUGAAUGGCAGAUACAGAAGUUGAUUUAUACGUUGUCCUCAUUAAAGUUACUGAAAAGACGUCAUCUUCAGAUUCUAAUUAGUGGUAUAUUAAAAUCACUGGACUUGAGUAAAUCUAUCAUAGCAGCUAACAAUGGAUUGAUUUUAAAAUCAGUUGCAUUCAGAUGUCAGAGGCUGACUUCAUUGAAUAUUAGAGGCUGUAAUUAUAUCACACCAAAUGUUAUUGCUGAAUCAAUCCGAAAUUUACCGUUAUUAAAACAUCUACAACUAUCAAGGACUAAAACUAACGACAUGGUCCUUUCUGUCAUUGGUGAUUAUUGUUCGUUUUUACUGUCCCUCGAUAUCUCAGGGUGUGUCGUUAGCAAUAAAGGGGCAGAUAAUCUGUGUCAGACAUAUUCGAAGGAUGGACCGAAAUGUCUUUCUUUACAAAAACUGAACAUUCAAGCCACGCACAUCACUAUUAAAGGUGCUGUGGCAAUUAUACAAACAUUUAGGGAUUUACGAUUGUUUGAUUUCAUUGAUUCUUUUGAAGCGAUGAUUUCAGUGGUGAAAGAUAAUAUAAGUGUGGAUGACAUGAUACAGACAUGAUAUUCAAAUUUACAAAGUUAUGGUGCAUGCAUGAAAUUCAUGAUGCUGAGGAUUUCAAAAUUGUUGUGAGGAGUUGCCCAUUUGUAACAGAACUUUCAUUUUUUUGCAGAGUAGAAUGUGAAUAUUUGUUGUUGUUGCAGGAUCUGAAAUUUUUACAUACUUUAGAUAUUUGUAAUGAUCUUACUUAUUUACUUCCCUUGAUCAAG